CAGUGGACGAAUGGAAGCAGCUAGUGGUCGCCGAGCAUGCGAGUGGCAUAGAUCUCAAGACCACGCCCAAGUACAAUAAAAAGGAGCUCAUCUGCCACUUGGAGAGGUGUGCGCAACUGGCAGAUAUCCCUGCUCCAGAGAGAUCUGAGGAAGAACAAGCCAUUCUGAAGCGAUGGUACGGUUGCAUCAACUGGUACGAGGCUCUCACCAGGGCUGGCAUCAAACCCACCAACUUAACCGCAGGAUUAUCUCAGAACAAGCAACAUAUGUACCGACAGUCGCAGUCGCACUCACAGCAUCAGCAAGCAACGCAGCUACAAGCACACUCGAAUGUACUGAACGACAUCAAUAACCUGUCGAAUGAUGACUACGCUGCGCUAUUGUAUCAAGGUAGUCAGAAGCGUGCAUCUCCAGGCGAGAGUGAUAAGGGGGGGCCAUCUGCAAACAAACGGAGCCGAACGCUGCCGUUCUAAAGCUGCAAUCACAGCUAGACACCAACACGCUUUGUUUUUCCGUGCACACUUAAGUGGGAGUAUGGGUAUCGACGGUGAUAGUACGCGCUACGCCUGCAACUACAGCCGGCCACUAAAUGAAUUUCGUCUAACAGUGAAUUAGUGGGAAUGUAUGCUACCUGUUUUGACAAUGUGAUAUUAUAUAGCGGAUACAGAUCGAAGCACAACCCCUGCAGAUCAACUGAGUGUGUAUCUACUGGAGCCGCCACUUAAUUAGCGUACCUACCUGGGUGCUUACAAAGAGCAGCGAGCAAGUCGUUUAUAUCACAUGACCGUAUGGAUGCGCUAAGCAGUCAGACAUUCAGUAUUUUGGAGCGCUUUCUGCCGUUCCCGAGUCCCCACAGGGUGUGGCUUAUAUAGUAUCCUGGAGAUGAACGAACCGUACUAUAUUUGGCAAAGGGAUAAAUGUGGGGCUAUCGAAGAUAUGUAAGGAAUGGGCGGAUUCCUAUUAGGUAUGAUUAAGCCUGAAAGCGGCGUAUAGGUAUUUCGGCGGAGUUUCCAUAUACAUUUCAUGUUGUGGCGUGAACGGCUAUGAUGAUUACUGUUUAAUGCAAUCGCACAGGCGGAUAAGAGCAGACUGGUUAAACCUAAGGCGCCCAUCGGUCAACGGCAAACACGGCCGUGCCGCUGAACUGACACCCUCUACACAUAAUAAAAUAUAAACGUAGUCGA